UGCAUUUUCUUUGGGGUAUUUUGGGCUUGGUGAAGUGGAGGAGGCAACAUUCAAACAGCAGAGGGCGAUGGAGUUCUGCAGUUAACUAAUGUUCUAACAGUUUGGAAAGUGGGUAUGUGUUGCUCAGGGAUGUGAAGGCGGAGAUAGAAGAGACCCAGAGAGAAACAGUUGCAGAGACAAGGAGUAAAAGCCAGUUCUACUUCAGGGGAGGAAGCAAUUGACCCAUCUACCGAGCGGUGCGUUCCAUUGAUCUAAAUCUGCUGAAGUCCAUCCACUGUGGCUUUGAGGAAGAACCCUAAAUGGAGCUUUGGCAGAUGUGGCACUUCAUCACCUGCUUCCUCCUGGCUUGUACAGAAGCAACCUCCAUGUAUGGAGAAAUCCUGUCUCCAAACUAUCCUCAGGCAUAUCCCAAUGAUGCUCUGAAAUCCUGGGAAAUCAGAGUUCCUCCCGGAUAUGGCAUCCAUCUCUACUUCAUCCAUUUGGAUAUAGAGCCAUCUCAAAACUGCGAGUAUGACUUCGUGAAGGUCCUGUCUGGUGACCAUGUUGAGGGACAACUCUGUGGACAGAAGAUAAGCCAACCUCCUGGCACUCAUAUCCUGGAGGAGUUCCACGUCCUUUACAAUACCUUGACUGUCACCUUCCAGUCUGACUUUUCCAAUGAAGAGAGAUUUACUGGGUUUGCUGCCUAUUACAUUGCAAAGGAUGUGAAUGAGUGCACAGAUUUUGUGGAAGAGGCCUGCAGUCAUUACUGCAAUAAUUACAUUGGUGGUUACUUUUGCUCUUGCCCGCCUGAAUAUUUCUUACAUGAGGAUGAGAAGACAUGUGGAGUGAACUGCUCUGGGAACGUUUUUACUGAACUGUCUGGGGAAAUCACCAGCCCCAACUACCCCAGCCUGUAUCCUGAGAACUCGCACUGUGAUUACCGUGUAGCCCUGGAGCCAGGCUACCGCGUGGCCUUGACUAUCGGGAGGAACGACUUUGACGUAGAGCCAGCUGACUCAGAAGGAAACUGCCUUGAUGCCUUAAGAUUCUCGGCAGGGGAGCAGCAUUUUGGUCCCUACUGUGGCAAUACGUUCAUCGGUCCUCCAGAAAUCAAGACUAGAAGCAAUGUUCUUGACAUUUUCUUCCAAACAGACCAAACGACACAAGGCAAAGGCUGGAAAAUCCGCUACUAUGGGGACCCAAUGCCCUGUCCCCAGGAUGUCACUCCGAACUCUGUUCUAGAGCCCAUAAGAGACCAUUACGUCUUUAAGGAUUCUGUGAUGGUGACUUGUGUUGAAGGCUAUGAGAUUGUGAUGCCACAAGGCAGCCUUAGAUCCUUCCACUCUAGCUGUCAAAGCAACGGCAAGUGGAGCAACUCUGAGCAAAGAUGUGUUCCUGUAGACUGUGGCCUGCCUGAUCAUCUUCGAAAUGGAGAUGUCACUUUCCUGUCAGGAUCUGAGGAGACCGGGUAUCAAGCCACUAUCCGCUAUGCAUGCCAUCAGCCCUAUUAUACACUGAAGGGCGAAGGAGACGGAGUUUAUCGAUGUUCCGCCAGCGGGAAAUGGGUGAAUAAAGAAGAGAAAACAGACCUUCCGGUUUGCAUCCCAGUCUGUGGAGUUCCCCGUAGCCGCAUCGAAGGAGCAGGGAGGAUUUUUGGAGGUGUAUUGGCUAAAGAAGGAAACUUCCCCUGGCAGAUCUACUUUGAACAGCCACGAGGUGGCGGGGCUCUUAUUUCAGACCGCUGGAUACUUACUGCAGCUCAUGUGCUGGAUGGACACUCAAGCCCAACCAUCUAUGCUGGGCGGCUCAUCGUUGGCAAAAUGUCCAUGCAGACUGCUAAGCCACUAGAGGUAGAUGCUACCAUCAUUCACCCAAACUGGACCGAGACUGUGACCGAACCCCGGACAAACUUUGAUAAUGACAUUGCUCUGUUGAGAUUGAAGGAACGCUUGACGAUGGGCCCCACCAUUUCAACCAUUUGCCUACCAGGUACAUCUCCAGAAUAUGAUCCACAAGUUGGGACUAUAGGCUUUAUCGCUGGCUGGGGCAAGACAGAGAUCGGUAGACUCUCGGCACAGCUCAGAGCGGCCAAGAUCCCCGUGGAGAGCAUGGAGAGGUGCGAAAGAGUGAAGCCAGAUGUGCCCAACGGUGAAGCUGCCGGUUCUUUCUCUUACAUUUUCACAGAAAAUAUGAUUUGCGCUGGGGAUGGGCGGCAGGACAGCUGUAAUGGGGACAGUGGUGGGGCGUAUGCCAUCCUAGAUCCCCGUAAUGAGGAGCGGUACUAUGUUGCUGGCCUAGUCUCUUGGGGGCCAAAAUGUGGCACCUAUGGCCUUUACACGAAGGUGGCCAAAUAUGUGGAUUGGAUUACAGGGGUCAUAAACCAGUAUGAAGAAUCAGAAGAAUAGAUGCACCCCAUGCCAGGGACCUGUCUCUGUAGGCACCCACAGCUACCUUGACGUUUUCUUCAAUCCAAAGGGCUAACGCAAGAGAGGGAAGUUUGGCGUUCAUGUCCGUAUUAUUGCAACCUGCUUCACACUGUUGGUUUCCUCCGUCUUCACGAACAGCAAAAUAGCAGCCACCAAGCGCCUUUCUGUCUCUUUCUUGGUUCCAAGUCCUUCAUUUAUUUUUUGAUCUUUGGAAACUGCCGUUUUCCACCUGCAUGACCAGUAAAUUUACAUCAAUCCCAGUUAAUAGGAUAAGAGUAUUGCAUUUGUAGUCUCCCAGGGUUUCAACCAGUUGGGCAAGGCAUAGCUAGCCCUACCAGGAGAUUAGGUGAGGUGGCCAUUUCAGGCGACAGGUAACUGAUGGAAGACCAUUUAAUUUUCCUGCAUCAGCCCCAUUGCAGUUAAUGGUAGUCUUCAUGGGCAGUGAUUGUCAAUGGCAACAGGGCUUGUGCAUUCUAACCUUGAAUAAGGCAGGAGCACACAUCCUUCUAACACAGCAGCAGGCAACAUUUCUGGUAAUUGUGACAUAAGUCAAGUACAAAAUGCUGCAAUAGUGCCACUCCAGCACACCCAGUGCCUGCAUGUCUUAGAGUAGUUUAGCCUCUGGAGUCUACUGAGCAGGGCUCAGGCAGCAGAAUGCUGUUGGAGAAGCAGUAAAGAGCUAGUGCCUGAAUCUAGGCCACAGCCAGGCCUGUGUACCUCCUGCUCCUGUUCCUUCAUGCCACAGACUUCAGAUGUGUGGGCCACUUCUGGCAACUGUGCCAUGGGUUGGCGACCCGUUAAAAACAGGGAAAAUAAAUAAAUUAAAGUUUUUGAAAUGGUGAGACAUUACUGUAGGGAAGGGGUACUAUGGUUUUUUUUAAAGGACUACAUGAGCAUUCAUAUGGCAAAAGUGGGUAAGUGCACAUCCUUUACCAAACCUAAUAAUAAUAAUAAUAAUAAUAAUAAUAAUAAUAAUAAUAAUAAUCCCUUUAAAAAUCGUUCCAAAAGCUGCAUAGGCAUGGUGGGAGAAGGGCUUCUUCUGAAAUAUUCUAAGUAAAAGAUGGACAAAGGUAAUGGUAGAUCAGCUGCUCAGUAAAAAUGACAAAAUGUUGACAGGUAACGAAGAUAAGGCGGAACUCCUCAACUCCUGUUAUGUCUUGUUCUUCUCCUAAAAGAGGAUCUGUGUACCAUCUGGCAUAUGUGACAAACAGGCUGAAGGGCCAGGAGUGCAGUAUUAAGCUGACAGAGAGAUAGUGAAGGAAUAUCUGAGCACCUUAAAUGAAUGAAAGUCCCCAGGUCGUUGAAGGACUCUUGGGCCCUCUAUUAUCUUAGGCCUAAUUCACACCAAGCAGGAUAUUGCACUAUAAAAGAGGUAUAUAAAAGGCAGGAGCCACACGACUGCUUUAUAGUGGUACUGAAGUGCACUGACAACUGUUGGGGCCCAUUGACACAAACCAUAUACUGCUUUCAUACUGCUUUCAUAGUGGUAUAUCCUGCUUGGUGUGGAUUAGGCCUUGGAGAAAUACUGGAGAAUGGGUGAAGUAUCAGAGGACUGGAAUAGUGGAAAUGUUGUCCCUAGUUUCAAAAAGGAAGAUCCAGGGAAAUAUUGGCCAGUUAGUCUGACAUCAAUGUCUGGGGAGAUUCUAAAGUAGAUUCUAAAGUGCUUGACCUGUUGGUACCGUAACACUAAUGCAGAGAUCAGGGCUCAGUCCUGGGCCCUGUACUCGUCAACACUUUUAUUAAUUACUUCGAGGAAGAGAUGUGAGAAUGUUUAUCAAAUUUGCAAAUAACACAAAAUUAAGUGGGAUUGCUAAUAGCUUAGAAGACCGAAACAAAAUUCAAAAUGAUCCUAAUAAGGUAGAAAACUGGACAGAAAAUAUAACAGCAGGAAAACCUUUCUGUCAGAGCAGCCAGACCAUGGAACCAUCUGCCUAGGGUGGUGGUGGGCUCUCCGUCACUAGAGGUGUUCAAGCAGAGAUUGGACAGCCAUCUGUCAGGGAUGCUUUAAACUGGAUUCCUGCACUGUGAAGGGGCUUGGACCUGAUGGCCUAAAUGGUGCUUUCCAACAUUUUGAUUCUGUGUUUUUCAUCAUCACUGAUGUUACAAGCACAAUCCAAUAUAGGAUCAUGACAGUCACAGACAAAAUGUACACCUCUCUGUUGCAAUAGGUUUUCUUCCUGGAGGGUGGGAGGCUGGAGUGCUCUUGGUGCCAAAAGAACUUUAAAAAUGUGGUUUGCUAUCACUGAAGUACAACUGGAAAAAAAUGCAUCUGAAUUGUGUGGAACAAGAAGACAAGCUGCUGAUAUCCUGGAAACAAGCCCUCACUGCUGCUGCUGAAUCUCUAUAGUUUCUAUUUGCAUGUUCAAAGCUGUCCCGGUUUUACAAAGAAGGGCAGGAAAGAACUAUUUUAAAUUCUUUGUAACACAUACCCUGAAUACAUUAAAAAGGGCACCAAAUGCAGAA